GGUGUGUCCCGAUACUGUUCAGGUUUGAUGACACACGUAACGCCACUAAGUCGGUUGCCUUGGAUAGAGAAAGGUUUGUCAUGGGCAAGACAGGUGGAAGAGGCGACUUUGAAUGGGUCUACAAUGACCAGCCGCACACUUCAAGAAGAAAAGAAAUUCUGGCCAAAUAUCCAGAGAUCAAGUCUCUGAUGGGGCCGGAUCCCCAGCUGAAGUGGGUAGUAUCUGGCAUGGUCCUGACCCAGCUCCUGGCCUGCUACCUGGUCCAUGACCUCUCCUGGAAGUGGAUCUUCUUCUGGGCUUACACCUUCGGAGGCUGCAUCAACCACUCCCUGACUCUGGCCAUCCACGACAUCUCUCACAACGUGGCCUUUGGCAACAAGCUGGCAAAGUGGAACCGCUGGUUUGCCAUGUGGGCCAACCUGCCCAUUGGGUUGCCGUACUCUGCCUCCUUUAAGAAAUACCACAUUGACCACCAUCGGUAUCUUGGUGUGGACCAGCUGGAUGUUGACAUCCCCACAGACAUUGAGGGAUGGUUCUUCUGCACCCCGGCCAGGAAGGUCCUCUGGCUCUUCCUCCAGCCUUUCUUCUACGCCUUUCGCCCAUUGUUGGUCAAUCCUAAACCAGUGGGUCAGCUGGAGAUCCUAAAUGCAGCUGUUCAGAUAAUAGUAGACAUAAUGAUCUACCACCUAUGGGGGCUGAAGCCCAUUGUCUACCUCAUUGCAGGUACUAUCCUGUGUAUGGGACUGCAUCCUAUCUCAGGACAUUUCAUAGCUGAACAUUACAUGUUCCUGAAGGGACACGAGACGUAUUCCUACUACGGACCACUGAAUCUCAUCACCUUCAACGUUGGUUAUCACAUGGAGCACCAUGACUUCCCGAGCAUACCUGGCAGCAAACUACCUCAGGUAAAGCAAAUUGCAGCAGAGUUUUACAACUCCCUGCCUCAACACACUUCCUGGAUUCAGGUAUUAUGGGACUUUGUGUUCGACGACAGCAUCGGACCAUAUGCCAGAAUCAAACGGGAGUACAAGCCAAACAAGGAGGAAUAGAUCUGUGACUGAUUAUAUUUCCCUUUGAACAGAAAUGUGAAUUUCAGUUGUUAAAUGUUUGGACACAUUAUGAAAUAUCAUAAUAUUAUUAUUGGUCUCCUCACCUCAUUCACGCUUUUAUUCCUGCUAUAAGCAGAUGGCCUGUUGUGAAACUAAUGACAUUUCCUCAUAUCCAGAAGGUAAAAUGAUGAAAAAGAUAUUUCAACACAAAUCAAAUCCUAUUUUAUGUAGGAAAAGCUAAUGUACAUUCUCAUGAGGUUUAUUAGAAAUGUCACUAACUCUUUUGUUUCUUGCCUACACCCGUUACUGUACGUUUUUUACAUUUCUGAUUGUGAGAAUGGAGGCACUCAAAGGCUCUCAGAGUAGUUCAGUUUCUUUAGUGAUGACCCAAUUCUGCAUGUUCGCAGCUUCAUUGUGCUGUAAACUGUUUAAUUGCAUAUAUAAAUAUUGGACAAAAUAACAGGAACACCCUUGUAAUCCCAAAAAGUAGUUAUUAAGAUAAUUCCAGUUAAUUCUUCUUUUUUUUUUAACUGUCAGAUGAGCAGAAGUGGGCAUUUCAUGUUGCUCAGCAAGUCACUUUCAAUCAGCUGUAGUGAGUAUCUUUUUGUGAACACUAGUCCUACAGCCAAUCAACAUUGGCAUGCAAAUACAGUUUCAUCAAACUGGUAUUGUUUUGUUAAUUGUUUCUGUUAUUUUGCCUAUCCACUUUAUCUGAUUGUUGUGGUUGAUAAGCGGUAUAUUUGUUGUUUCUAUUUAAAUGAAUGCACUAUCUAAAAAAUGUAAAAUAUCUUUACAAGAAGAAACUACUGUAAAGAAUAUUACUUUGUGGUUAAUUUGACAUUUUCUUUCCUUUCCUUGUAAACUUUCCACACAACACAAGGGAACACACACAGAGCGGAGUAUUGUGUGGACACGUCUAUUGUUUGAAUGAAUUUAUUAUUAGCUUUUAAAUUAGAACGUAGUUGAGAGCGGACAGAAAGCAAUAUUCACUCUCUGCACAUUCUCAUGCGGUAAAAUUUGCAUAUUGCCAUCUCUCUCUGUCCCCCCCCCUUUUUUUUUUUUACAUUGCUACCCUUAUCAAGUUCAACAUUUCAUAUAUAGAAAGGGGAAUCUUCAUGGAAACAAACUACAUGAAUAAAUGUACCACCAUUUGUAUUUUCUUUUUUUUUCCACUUCAAAAUCCAAUUAAAAAUCAAUUCAUAUAGAAAUAGGGGUUUCAUGCAUACUUGGGAGGUUCACAAAAUAUAGGAUGUAGUACUACAUUGUUUUAUAUCUAUCUACAACCGUUAUCAGCCUGUUUUGAGAAUAAUCCCUCAGCUUUAAUGAUCUCGCACAUUUGAACAGGUCGAGAGAAACCUGAACUGGAGUUGUGUAUAAUGUUAUUGUGUGUAAUCUGAUCAAUUGCCAAACAUGAAUUGCUCAUUUGAGAUGUUUAUAUGGCAGAAAGAGGUAUUUUAAGUAGCCAAGUGUGGUUAAAACAUUAAAAUAUUUUGUUCUUAAAACUUGGACUGAACAAAGAGCUGCAACGCUGGGCUGACUGAGUCUAUCGAUGCACUGUUUGAGUUUGUCUGUCCGUUAAUCUUCCUUUAAGCAUCAUUCUGCUCCCCUGUCUCAUCAACCCAUUCGCUCUGUUACUUUCUGACAUUUUCUCUGUCCAGCAGACUUACAUGUUGGCACAACAUCUCUGCAACUUGCACCGUGGCAUCUCGAGGUCACAGAAACAUUGAGAGAACAUUCCCCUGGUCCUCGUGUCUGUGCAUCUGCAUGUCCAUCCUCCUCUUGCUCUCCUCCCUCCUACUGUUGCUCCGAUGAGAUUAGGAUGUACUGAUUCUGCCGAUUUCUUGUCUGAUGGCUGCAACAACAAAAAACACAUUAAAGAGAAUGAAAGUAUUCAGCAGCAACAACUUUACACUCAUA